ACAAAACUACACAGCGAAUUGUGGGUACAGGAAUGCCCGGAGGGCCCUUGCGAAUUCUAAGCAGUUGAAUACAAGGUAUCUUUGCCAUGGAAGGUGCCGAGCACAAAACUUUAGUGAGAACAGCACUUGAUAUCUGAAGAAACAAUAUUAAUAUGGUCCCGCAGAGGAAGUUAAUUGCACCGGCCUUCUCAACACAAUCGAUCAAAGCCAUGACUCCCAUAUUCUUUCAGAAAGCUGAAGAAUUACGGGACAAAUGGGAGAGUUUCGCGUCUUCUCCCACAUUAAUCGAGGAUGCGAGAUUCCCUCCCCUUCCUGCACCACCUUCCUCUUCUUCUCCUUCUUUUGCUGAGGCAGUGAUCGACGUCGCUCACUGGUUCUCCCGUGCAACAUUCGACGUGAUGGGUUUGGCAGGCUUUGACUACCACUUUCAUUCUCUCCAACAUGAAUCAGAAGAAGUCUACUUAGCCUACAGAGAUAUGUUCAGGCUCGCUGACAAGGGUCCCAAAUUGCGAGAACUCGUCCAGCUUUAUUUCCCGAUCAUCGAGAAGAUAUUUCCUAAUGAAGCCACUCGCGUCACAAAGCAAAGUCAGCGCACAAUUAGCGAAGCUGGUCAACGGCUCAUUCAAAGCAAGAAAUCAGCCAUUCUUGCUGAAAAAGCGAAUGCGAGCGAGAUCAAAGAAAAAGACAUUCUUAGUCUACUCAUCAAAUCAAACCUAUCGGUGGAUGUUUCUGGGCGACUUUCUGACGCAGACCUUCUAGCCCAACUCUCAACAUUCCUUUUUGCCGGCUCUGACUCUACAGCUCUUACCAUGUCCUGGUGCAUCCACCUCCUUUCCCUCCACCCUAAUGUCCAAGGUCGUCUACGCACCGAAUUAGGCUCGCUGUCUCCUUGUGCAUCCAAUUCAAUGACAGGGUAUUCUGCACAGUCACACUCAGAAGCCAUCGACGGGCUUCCUUUCCUCGACGCAGUGGUCCGCGAAACACUGCGUCUGUGCCCUCCCGUGCACGGUACAAUGCGAGUUGCCACUCGUGAUGACAAUAUCCCAAUAUCUUCACCCAUAGUUCUCCGUAAUGGUACAAUUAUUCACCCGGGCGAGACCAUCCAUAUCCGCAAAGGCUCUUAUGUGCACAUUCCCAUCGAGGCUUCAAACUUUAGCACUGACAUCUGGGGCAAGGAUGCAAGAAUAUUCAACCCUGAUCGCUGGGUUUCUCUGCCUCACACCGCACGAGCUCCCUCGCAUCCAGGAAUCGCGAACUUGAUGACAUUCUCAUUCGGUCCACACGCUUGUCCAGGCUGGAAGUUCUCAAUGUUGCAAACCAAGAUAUUCCUUGCGACUCUCAUCCCUCAUUUUGUUUUUGAGCCCGCUGCGGAUAUACAAAAGUUCAACGCGAUUCUGACACGGCCGUAUGUGUUUGAUCAAUAUGAAUUUGGCACACGGCUACCUAUAAAGAUCGGACGAGUAAAUCUUUGAUAUUUGUAGAUGGGUACAUUCCGAGACAUUGUUGUGGUAAAACCUAUCGUAGUGUAUCCUUAUUGUAACCUAAAGUAUUCAUCUGGUCCGACGAAUCAAAGGAACGGGUAGAUAAUCAUGGGCUAAAUGAUGGACUACAUUCUCGUGGUAGGGUC